AUGGGUGACGAUGCAAGCGCUGCGAAGCUCGUGAAGCUUCACUUCGUAUUCACGUGGGUCUUGGCGGUCGUUGUUGCCUUGAACUGGCUUGCGCUGCCCCAGUACUCGGAGUCCAUUUUGGGAUGGAGCAUCUACACACUGGUGGUGACCGCCCUGAUGCCACUGAUUCGCUACAAGCUCCAAGGGCACCGCUUUGGGAGCCGCCCAUUCCGAAUGACUCGGCUUCUCCUUAUGAGCAUGACAGGGACGGUGGUGGGCACGAGCUGGUCCGGUCUGGUCGCUCUCCUCUUCCCACAAGUCUCAGACUUUCAGUCUCCGGGUCCGACUGGCAUUACACUGGCCGUCGCCAUCACCUUCCUCUUUGUCAUAGUCCAGACCAUCUUGGAAAAGCAAAUUCAGGAGAUGCCAGAUCCUCAAACUCCGGAGAACACCUAUGGCGGUGCUGUCAGAAGCACGCUGCUGAACUCCUUGUGGUCUACUCUUGGAUACUUUUGGAACUCGGUCUGGAAUCGCUUUCUGACGAAGAUGCAAAGGGCCUCCCGGCCUCACCCACGGCCACGGCUGGGCCUACUAGGCAACAUCGGCAACAUGACCCUGCAGGGCGACUUCGAUGCUGCGGGCCCGGCCAGGGACGGGCCGCUGCACAGGUUCAAGACCCUGCAGGACGAGAUGAAUGGUCGCCCCGAGAACAUGGACUCCAACGGGCCGGGCUACAGACUGCUUCUGGUGAAAGCCGUUCUGACUCUUCUGGCAGGCAUUCUCCUCCUGUGCUGCUUGCCAGAGCCAAGCGAGCGAUACGGCUCGCAUCGUCGCCGGGCUCUGAUCGCUCUGAAGAUGAUGGCAAUUAUCAUCACAAGUUACGCUGUGACCGACGCUGGGUUCUACUUCGGCACAAAGCUGGUUGCCGACCGGACAGGGAGCGCGGCCUUGGGGCUGGCGGUCUCUUUUCUCUAUGCGGGCCUCGUGACUUUAUUUGUGACAUACAUCGCUGAAAGAUCAACAUGGCAUCCAGAGCGGGUUUUUCCGAACCGACUGCAGACGCUGGGUGCCUGGCUUGUUUGUUAUGCAUGGUGGUACAGUUGGCAGGAGGUGCUGUACCAGAUUCAGGGCUUUGGAUUAUGGCAGUUGGGGAUGAAUAGCGUCCUGGAGCAAAGCCUGCAAGUGGCAAUCGCCAUUAGCGGCGCGCUUUGCUUUACGCUUCUGUUGUCGCUGGCAUUGGUCAGCGCGGCUCAGUUGGGAUGUUGCGCUUUACCUCCGAUUGCAGCAGUGCUGCCGCAGCUGAAGCAAGCGAGCAUGAGAAACUGCAACUUUCCAGAGUUUUCUGCAUGCCUUGGCUUGCCGGUGGACGAACGUCUUCAUGGAAUUCAGCUGGGCUCCGACCAACCUGCAAGUGCCGACGCAGAUUGA